UGGGCUCAGUUGUUGCUCAGUUCCUGGCUCGGCUUGUUGUUCAGUCCGUGGCAGCUCUUCGGCACAUCACGUCCUGGUGAUCCUUGAACUAUAGUGCUUCUGACCCCAUAAGUUACACAAGUUACCUUUCUGGGGCCCUUUCACUUGUCUGGGCUUGCUACUUGGGCAACAUCUGUCCAUCUCUGUGGCCCAUGUCGCGUGGGUCCAUCUUGGCUGGCUUGCAUUGAUAAAGCGUGGCACAUCUGGAAUGUAGCCCCAGGCCGGUAGAGCAAAGGAGCGGGUGGGUUCCCCCCUUCAGUUCCAUCAAGAACCAUCAUGGGGCGCUUAGAUGACCACGCCAAGAAGCGGAUUGUGGAGCUGCGCAAAGCCGGCUUGAGUUUCCGCAAGAUCAAAAAGGUCCUAGAGCUGGACAACAUCCGGGUCACCCCGCAAGCCAUUUACCUGUUCCUCAAGCGGAAGAAUGUGGACCCUGCCCUGCUCCUGCCCGGCUCCAAUCAGCAGCCGGCUCUCGAGAAGGAGAGCAAGAGAACAGUCACGGAUCAGGCUGGGUGGGAUGACGGCAGGCUCUGGAACUUGCUGCAGGAAAAUGGCGCAGGGCAACACCAGCGACGAGAGUCCGGGGGCCACGGGACGCCUUGCCCCACUCUGGGAGCCAGCGCAAGCUGCGAGGGCCUGUCUUCUAACGCCAACCGAGACACCCCCAAAAUUGUCCACGUGACUUCACUGAGCAAAGAUGGGGGGCAGUUCGCAAAGCCAAAUGCCGCUUGUGGGGCCCUCUCUACAGGACCACAUCUAGGCCCAAGUUUUGACGAUAACUGCCCGGCGCCACGGCAGGCCUCGGCAUCCGUCAGCUGCCCUGCUUCUGUCACCCCUGUGGUCCCUCAGCAUAGUCUGAAUGGCAAAGGGAAGCUCGGCCUGCCUCCUGCGAGGAAUCCGGCCUUAAUUGUGAAGAGGAAAAUCGUAGGCCGUGCCAUCCACCUCCAGAAAAAGGCAAAUGUUCAAAAUGGGCAGACUCAGUCCAGUUCCUCGCCUGCCCCAUCCUUCAUGCUGAGGGUGCAGCCAGCCAGCAGCCCUCCUGGGCGGACCCCUCCUGCCAUGACUGCAACCGUUGGCUGUGGCACACACACCAAAGAGGCCAGUACGCAGACUUCCUCAUCCAAGCCCACCGACUCACCAGCCAAUCCAACCUGUCCAUGGGGAGGCCAGGCGGUGGCUUCUUUGGCCCCCACUGCUGGCCCCCCGUCCCUCACUGAAAAACUGGACGCGGUGCACAUGGAGAUCCAGAAGCUUGCGCAAGUGAUGCAGGCAGUUUUGGAGCGCCAGUGUCGGCUGGAGCGCCAGCAGGAGCAGCAGCACCGGACCCAGCAGGAAGUGCUGAUGGCACUGCAGCAGCUCAGCUCAACUAUCAGCCAAGAGGCAGUGCCCAGAAACCAACCCUGCGUGCCAUACAGCAGCCUGGUGGACCCUUCGCCUUCUCUGCCAAAUUUCAGCCAGUUCAAGAUGGAGCUGAUCUGACCAAAGAGAAGCAGAGAAAUGCACAGAAGCAAAGCAUGCUUCCUGGUUGGCACGGCCUUCCUCCAGGUACCCUGCGCGGCGAUUGCUCGCCAAUGGAGGCGGUGCUGCCCAUCGGAUGUGCAGAACUCUCAGGAGCCCAUUUGGAUCUCCUUUGGGCUUCACCAAGCUUCAGACGUGCAUCCCGAAAUCUGGGAUGCCAGGGAAUGGGGCACUGAACGCUAAUUCUCACCCAGUGCCUUGAUU